CACACAACUCAGGAUUAUAAUUACAUCUUCACUUCUACAGUUUAAUUGUUAGCUAUUUUUCAUUAAGUUAAUUAAUCAUGGGUGUUUUCACUUUCGAGUCGGAGAACUGCUCAACAAUCCCACCAGCAAAACUCUUCAAGGCCUAUGUUCUUGAGGGUUACAAGCUCUUCCCCAAAGUUGUUCCUCACGCCAUUAAGAAUGUUGAAAUCCUUGAAGGAGAUGGUGGUGCCGGAUCCAUCUUGAAGCUCCACUUUGGUGAAGCUUCUCCCGAGUUCAGAUAUGCGACCCACAAGAUUGAAUUGGUAGACAAAGCCAAUUUGCUGUUCAAUUACAGCGUGAUCGAAGGCGAUAUCUUGAGGGACGUUGUUGAGAAGAUCAGCUUCGAGACCAAGGUCGUGCCGACUGGAGAUGGAGGGUCUAUCUGGAAGAGCAAAGGCACUUACUACACAAAAGGUGAUUUUGUGCUCGAGGAAGACAAGGUUAAGGCAGCAGAUGACAAGGCCAAGGAACUGUUCAAGGCUGUCCAAGAAUAUGUCUUAGCCCACCUCGAUGAGUUUUAAUAUAUAUAUA